AUGAUCGGCUUGGGACUGCACCUGUCAAUCGAGCACUCGUUGUCAGAACAGGAGGUUGAGCACUUAACCAUAGAGAUCGUACCCAACAAACGGGGCCGAAAGAGCACGUUCGUGGUUAACACGUACAAGCCACCAAGGCCGGCGAAGGCCGAUUUCACCAACCUCCUUUCCGAAGCCAGUCGACUGGCGCAAGCAAACCAGCUUAUUGUAGUCGGGGACUUCAAUUCGCCUCACCGGGACUGGGGGUAUCAGUCAAACUCAGCAAGAGGAGUGACAGUCGCGCGAGCAAUAGAAUCCCUACGAAUGGAACUCCUUACCGACCCUCUAUAUCCGACCAGGGAAGGCAACAGUGUCACCCGUGACUCAUGCCCCGACCUCACCCUGAUCAAGAACGUCGCCGAGGCCACGUGGACGAACCUAGGAGAAACCCUGGGCAGCGACCACUGUAUACUCAGCACGUCCAUAUCAUCUAGCAAAAUUAGAAGACAUCUGGGUGCCGCCCAUAUCACUGACUGGCCCAAAUUCCGCAAUGCACCCGUCCCGUCAGGUCCAAUCCAGUCGAUACACGUCUGGAGCGAGGACAUCAGACAGGCAUACAAGACAGCCACAGAAACAAUACACCGCACACCGGAAGCCCCAGAGGUAGACCGCCACCUUCUCAAGCUAUGGGAAAAGCGCAACCGGCUCGUGGGAAGAUGGAAAAGGCAACGGCUAAACAGAUCCCUCCGCCUGCGGAUUGCACAGCUCACAGAGGGCGCUCAGACAUACGCCACCAACCUAGCACAGCAAAACUGGCAACAGUUUUGUGAGUCACUGCGGGGAACGCUGGGAACCUCCCGUACGUGGGCAAUCCUGCGGAACCUCAUCGACCCCUCUAAAUCAAAAUCUGAAUCUACACGCACCCUGAAGCGCAUUGCUCACCUCUUUCCGGGAGACAACGUAGCCCUACUUCUUGCUCUAAGGGACAAAUACAUCGGCACCAGUACCGCGCCACCCUGCUCUGCGACCUAUCAGGGUGAGGAAAAUCCGGCACUCGACGCUCCCAUCUCCGAAGCCGAGGUGUACGCCGCAGUACGAUCGUGCACCCGAAAUACUACGGCUGGAGCGGACAAAAUUAACAACGCCAUGAUCCGCAACCUGAGCAAGGCACAGAUCAGGGACCUCACCAAGUACCUGAACGACUCGCUCUGGGAGAAGAAUGAAAUUCCCUCCGAGUGGAAACACUCGGAGAUCAUAGUAAUCCCGAAACCGGGCAAGAAGCCGGCAGUGGAAGCUCUACGACCUAUAUCUCUCACAUCGUGCCUGGGCAAGCUCUACGAGCGAGUCGUCCAGACGCGCCUUCAACACUACAUAGAAGAUAACGACCUUUUUCAUCCAUCCAUGAUUGGCUUCCGGUCGGGCCUGUCGACACAAGACGCCUUCCUUCUCCUGAAGGAGGAAGUACUCUCUAACAUCCCGAGGGGUGGCGAACACCUCAUUAUGGCGCUGGAUCUAAAAAGCGCGUUUGAUAACGUGUCUCACGAGGCAAUACUCUCCGAGCUCAGCAAUCUCAACUGUGGCGAGCGCACCUUCCAAUAUGUCAAGACUUUUCUGUCCAACCGAACGCAGGUUCCGAACAUCGGAUACACCCUGUAUGCGGACGACAUUACGAUCUGGACAAACACCGGCUCUCUAGCCGAGAAGGAAGACACACUCCAAGCAGCAGCAAUCUGCGUCGAAACAGAGGCCAUUCGAUGUGGACUCCACUGCUCCCCCGACAAAUCCGAAGUGAUCCGCAUACAGGGACAUCACUACAAAUCGCCAGGCAACCUAAACAUCCUCCUACAUGGGGUCCCAAUCCGGGAGGUACCACUCAUCCGGAUCCUGGGCCUCUGGCUGCAGAGCGACGGAAAGGCCAACCACACACUCCAACUGCUCAAGACUACAACACAGCAGAUCUCUAAGAUGAUCCGCCGGGUGGCCAGAAACAGAAAAGGCAUGCGGGAGGAGGACACGAUCCGUUUGGUGCAGGCACUGGUCAUCAGCCGCCUUUCCUACGGGCUCCCUUACCUCACCCUGCUCCGAGCAGACUUCAACAAAGUUAAUGCGAUGAUACGCGUAGCCUACAAGAACGCCCUCGGUCUCCCACCGUACACAUCCAACGUCAGCUUGGAAGCUUUGGGACUAAAUAACACGUUCGAGGAAAUUCAGGAGGCGGUCCUCCUGACCCAGAGAGAACGCCUCCUGUCCACAGCGACAGGCCGACACAUCCUAAAGCGCAUCGGCUACCCGGCGGACCUUGACGCCAUCCAGUCGACCACAAACAUUCCGACAUCGUACCGAGCCAGAGUACACGUGGCCCCGCUCCCAAAAAAUAUGUCACAAUCCCACAACGAAGGCAGAAGAAACGCCCGAGUGGACUACCUCAAACGCACAGUGGGACGGAGCCCGAGGACGGUGUACGUGGACGCCGCCCUAUAUAAGGAUGCAUCGAACGCAGCAGCAGCCGUGGUGGUGGACUCUUCUUACGAAGAAGUCUCCAGCAUCUCCAUCCCGCACUGCACCGUCACAGAAGCGGAAGCUGCGGCGAUCGUGCUGGCCGUUCAGUACGGGGACGCGACCAACCGAGAACUUCAAUGGGUGCACGAGUCAGGCGUCUACAGCACCAUGUUCGAUGAAACAACCAAUGUAUCUCACACGUCGCAGCUGAGUCUUGUCCUGCGGUACGCACUGAAGAACACGGUACGAGAAGACUUCGUCCAAUUCAUCGACUCGCGCAGGGACAGUGAUGCUGUCGACGCCAAUGUAACUGAGGCUUCUGAGCCCAUCCUGACAGGGAAAGUACUCGUUGAACGGGUUCUAAAAAUGCUAAAUGGCUUAGAACUCAACAUCGUGCUCGAACCGGACCUCGGCCUCGACCUUGAUAUGGUCCGGGAUCUGGUCCUGGACCUGGACCUGGAGCGUCCGCGGCCGGCUUCCCCGGACAGUCACGGGAAGGAACCGGACCGGUCUCUCCCAUGGUCACGCCCGUAG